CUAUGUUCGAUUUACCUUAAUUAAUUGUUAAUUAAUCGAAAGAAAUGUAUAUUGUAUAUCUAAAAGUACAGAGUAUAAACUAGACGUAUCGUUCUUUUCGAAAUCCACCGUAAGACUGACUCAUUGUCCUCUAUGAAAGUUUUUUUAUUGAUUGUUGUUUAUAUAUAUGACUUUCAGAAGAAUAAAUUCUAUUUAUUACAAAUAUGAUUUUCAUUAUGCAUAUGUAAUCUACGGAAAGUUAUUUAACAACGAUCAAUAAAAGAAUUUUAAUUGACUUUCAUAGAGGACAAAGAGCGAGUUUAACAUUGCAUUUCGAAAAGGACUGUGUUUUUAGACUACAAUAUAAAUUUCCUUGGAUUAAUUAACAAUUAUUUAAAAUAUUUCGGACACUCUCAAGAUAUAUAACAUUCCCACUCAUCUGUCCACGAAUAAACACAUUUCGCAAUUACUAUCGAUCGACGUAUCUCAUGCACACACACUCUUUUCAUGUCGUUUCAUAAAAUUGUAUCAUUUCCGUCGUCUAAGAAGUUUCACUUCAAAAAAAAAAUACAAUGGAACCUUAGUUUCCGAGCAUAAUUCGUUAAAGAAAUGUUUUCGUAAUCCAAAGCACUCGUAUAUACAUGUAUCAAAAUGAAAAAGAAAUAUAUAAUGGAAAAUCAAAUAAUUUGUUAAUUAAUAUAAAAAUAAUAAAAAAUAGAGAAAAUACGAAGUAACAAUUAAACAAGUUAAUCCUUGUCGUUUACUAAACGUAUUCGUACUGCUCGUAUUGCAAGACAUUGCUCGUUAAUCAAAUCAAAAUAUUUUCCUCAUCAUACGGAACACUCGUAAAUCAAAUUACUCGCAAUCCAAGAUUUAACUGUAAAUGAAAUAAAUGAACAAUCUUCUUGGCUAUUGAAUAAUCGUUUAAAUCACUUCGCAUACCGAUUUAGAAAUAUUUUAAUCUUUAAAUCCGAUCUAUGAAACAUGCGAUCGAAUUUUCUCGUUUUAGAAUACUUAGGAAUUCAUUAGAAUUUUCAGUGAAUCGAGUCGGAAAGUAAUACACGCUAUUACGCCUCUGAUCAAUAUGCCAGACGUUAAGGAACCAGGAUCAUCAUCUAUACGGAAAACGCUACUUAAUGAAAUGGUUUUCAAGGAGAAGGUUCAAAGAAUUGGCUUAUCUGUCUUAUAAAAAGGAAACGAAUGAGAAGAUGUUUAAGUUAGUCGAAUGAUAACAGUGAACAUGUUAGUAACCAUCUUACCAUUUCUUUUAGCUACUCAAUUGACUCCAGAACACCCUCGAGAAAAAUACAAAUGGCAAUAUGGUGGAGAAAUGACUUUCGACGUGUUAAUAAAUCUUUCUCGAUCCGAUAUCGAUCGAGGAAGACGUAUUUACUGUUCCACUGUCUCCAACGAGCUCAAAUGUCGAGUGAAAGAUGCCGAAACACUUAGCUGCUAUUUCCUAACCCCUAUUAUAACAUUUUCAACGAUUAACGAUAGCUCGACGACGUGUGAAUGGUCGAGAAAUUUUGUACCAUUAAAUGAUCAUUUCUUUUUCGAUCAAGAUCCGUUCGAAAUCAGAUUCAAUUCUCGUGGCAUUGAGAAUCUAGUAGUAAAAAGAACUAUUACAAGAUGGAAAUUGGAUGUAACGAAAGCUGUUGUAAGUCAAUUACACGUUGGCUUUGAACUGAAAGAAGGACAAUCUUCGUUUCAAACAACCGAAAAUUCAAACCUUGGUCAUUGCGAAGUAGAUUCGAGGGUUCUUGUCUCUGGUGGAUAUUAUGAAAACGAAAGAUACGCUCAUGCCAAUUUUCAAUUGGCUUUGUUAGAUUCUAAUGAAUUACGUUACAGAGAUAUACUUAAUCAAGGUGGUCAAAUAAUUAUUGAAAAGAUCAGGCAUUCUAAAAAGUGUCCAAGAAGGCCUAUUUAUUUUUUUGGAAUUCCUAUAAGUCAUAGGGAUGACAGGGAGAGAGGAACUUUCAUGGAUAUGGUGUCUUCGACUACUAGAAUGAUCAUAUCCAAAAGAGGAUUUUCAUCGGAAACUGUUUCCGAAGGUCUACCAAUCAUAAUGAGCGGAUUAAGGAAUGGACCGUCUCGUCAAAAAAUUUCUGUAAUUUUAAAAAAUGUUGAUCCUGCUAGAAACGUUCCUCCAACGAUUUCGCAUCCAGCUUCUACUAGUAUUCAUACUUAUUCUAGUUUCGAUCAUUAUACUAGACGAAUGUUACGUAGAAGUAUUAGAUUCGAAAAAUUUCUUUAAACUCUAUCAAAAAUGUAACAAUACUAAUUAUUCAAAAUUAAAUAUGCAUGUAAAGCUUGAAUCCAUUGCUCUUGAAAAAGUAACUUUUCCAGCUUCCAUAAUUAAUCGUAUAAUGCAACGAGUUAGCUUUUCCAGUUUGCCUAUUAAACUUUGAUUAAAAUAUACAUAUAUUACAUUGAAGUGUUUGUGAAAAUAAUUGUGUUAUCAAAAAUAUUAAAUGAAUAUUUCUUUUUUCUUUAAUCGGUCCGCAGAAAAAAAAUACUCAGAUCCUGAGGAAAAAUU